CGGUGAGUAUAUAAAGCACGCGGGGUCCCCAAAGCGAGUCAUUCUGUCCCUAGCCGCUCUUCUGUCAACAUCAACAUGCGGCCUCUGAUUGUUCUCCUGGCCCUGGUGGCGGUGGCGGCGGCGCAGUUCAACCAGCCUCGUUUCGGUGGUUCGCGUUUCCUCCGGUUUGAUGAUGACGAUUUUGACGAUUUCUUUGACGAUGACCACGAUGACUCCCUGGAGGAUCUGUACGAGGACCUUUAUGACGAGGAUGCCGACGAUAGGGCAGAGGCGCGGGCCAAGCUGACGAGGCUGAGAGCGUCUGGCGCCAUCACAGGGAACACCUUCAGGAGAAACCGCUUCGUGACUGCCAGGCACAACACCAGAAGCUUCACCGCACCACGACCUUCCUUCAACACCCAACGCCAAUCUUUCAACACCCAACGCCAAUCCUUCAACACCCAACGCCCAUCUUUCAACACCCAACGCCCAUCUUUCAACACCCAACCAUCCUUCAACACCCAACGCCCAUCUUUCAACACCCAGCGGCCUGCAAGCACCUUCAACGCCAACCAGCAAAGCCAACGAUCUUUCAACACCCUGGGAAGUCAGUCAUUCACCCAGAAGCGUCCCACGUCCUUCUCUUCACCCAACAAGUUCUCCCGUCCUAGUUUCUCGUCCAUCAACUCCAUUUCCCCCAGUGGCUUCCGGAAGACCUCUCCAUCACCUUUCAAGAGUGCGCCUUCGAGUUUCAAUUGGCCAGGCGGCAGUGGGUACUAUUUCAGCAUGAGUACUAAUGGUGCCAAGCCUGUUACCUACUUUAUUCGGUAUGAUGAUGAUUAGAUGGUGAUUGGUGAAGAUUGGUGAUUGGGGUUUGUCUGUGUGGGUUCUCUCUCUCUCUCUCUCUCUCUCUCUCUCUCUCUCUCUCUCUCUCCAUGUUUGUGUGUGUUGGUGUUUUUUCGAAGUUUUGUCUUUUGUUUGGUUUAAUGAAAAAAAAAAAAAAGGUUUGUUUUAGAAUUGUGAUCUCGUGUGUGAUUUUUGAAACUGAAACGCACACACACACACACACACACACAAAGAGAGAGAGAGACACACACACAUGGCAACCCCGUCAGUGAGUAUACAUAAAGUUAACUGCGAAUAUUUAUUAUAUCACACACGCACACACACGCACACACACACACACACACACACACACACACACACACACACACAAGCUUUAUAUUUUUCCACACGAACUAAUUAUUCACCCUCAAAUUUCCUGCUCCACUAACAAAACAAUGGAUAAAACAGCAUUGCUAGGUCCACUUUAACAGCAUCGCCAGGUCCAUAUAAACAGCAUUGUCAGGUCCACUUAAAACAGCAUUGCCAGGUCCACUUAAUCCCUUCAAUACUGGGACACAUUUUUAUCUUGCGAUUUGUGUAAUUAGACCAUUUUAUUGCCAUUAGGAAGGGUCUAUGGAGAUCAGAAGAUUAAUGGUCCAUGGUCCAGAGUCUUCAC